UGCUCGCACCGGAAGAGAAGGGGCAGUUCUCCCAGCCAUCUUGUGGCAGCAUCCAGCGAAUUGUUCGCAUCAAGCCUCGUAGAAUCGGAGGUGAAUCCCGCUGAAGGGGCGCCAUCAUGCCCGGACACCUGCAAGAAGGCUUCGGCUGCGUCGUAACCAACCGGUUCGACCAGUUAUUGGACGAUGAGUCCGACCCGUUCGAGAUCCUGAAAGCUGCUGAAAACAAGAAGAAGGAGGGGGCCGCCGCUGGGUCCACCAAGACCGCAGCUCAAGCCGCGAAGCAGCCGAAGAAAGAGUCACAGAAGGACAGGAAGAACCCGCUGCUGGACAAGAAGGAGGAGUCCCAGGCUCCGGUCCCCCUGAAGAAAGAAGGUAUCAGGCGGGUGGGCCGAAGACCAGACCAGCAGGGCCAGCCUGGUUCCCAGCAUCAGGGCGGGCAGGGUGAAGGGCGACCUGGAGACAAGAGGCCGGAUCGGAGACCUCCCCGCGAGCGCCGCUUUGAGAAGCCCGCUGAGGACAAGCCUGAGGGAGGUGGAGAGUUCUCUACAGACAAGCCUCCUGGAGACAGGCCCCCCAGAGGGCGUGGUGGCGGCCGUGGUGGGCGUGGUGGAAGAGGAAGGGGCAUGGGCCGAGGAGACGGCUUUGACUCCCGUGGAAAACGAGACUUUGACCGACACAGCGGCACUGACAAAUCCAAUCAGAAGAGUGAGGAGAAGCGCAGCGGCAGUGGUUCAAACAACUGGGGCAAUGUGAAGGAUGAAGUGAGUGAGGCUGAACAGACUGCUGCCCCUGAGCCGGCCCCGGAGGGAGAAGAAAACGCACCUGCCGGCUCUGAGAACAAGGAAAAUGAGGUUGAAGAAGUUAAAAUGGAAGGCCCCAAAGAGAUGACCCUGGACGAGUGGAAGGCCAUGCAGGACAAAGAGCGCACCAAGGUGGAGUUCAACAUCCGUAAGCCCAAUGAAGGAGCCGACAGCCAGUGGAAGAAAGGAUACGUGCUGCACAAGUCCAAGAGCGAAGACGUGAGUGAGAGGCCUGUUGGUGCUUUGAUUGACGCCGCAGAGACGGAACCAGACACACCGACUCUGUACCACAAGCAGCCGGCCAACCCUGAUGAGUCCAGUGACCACCACUUCCGUAAACCUGCCAACGACAUCACAUCCCAGCUGGAGAUCAACUUUGGAGACCUGGGCCGCCCCGGCCGCGGGCGUGGGGGAGCCCGCGGAGGCAGGGGAGGCCGCGGUGGUGGAGGCAGCAGGACGGCACGCGGGGGAGGACGGCCCGACAAGGCUAGUGGCGUGUCAGUCCCCAACGUGGAUGAUCCUGAGGCCUUCCCAGCCCUGGCCUAAAGGCUCCUUUUCCACCACCAGCCCACCCAUCAGCCCUUCCGGGCCCCUCCUCUACGAGGCUUGCAUGCUUACCACAUCUUCAAGUAUAUAAGAAAACAGAGAAAAAGAUUUUAAAUGACAAAAAAGACUGUCAUCCCAUACCACUCACACCACCAGAGGACUCAAAUUUUACCUGUUUUAAAGGAGAACAAAAGACAAAAAAAAGGCGGAAAAAGGACCUCUUGUUACACUGAAGUUUUGUAUUUAGGAACAUGAAAGCAGGGAUGUUUUCAUACCUUUUCUUUUUUUUUUUUCAGAGAUUAUGCAUACUUCAUUGAUAUUUUUUUUGUGCUGCUUGAAUUUAUGCAUUUCUGCGUUUAGGUUGAAGUGUGUGUAUCUCUUCCCCUGAAGCUUCUGUGCAUUUUUCCUCAUGACUUCAGCUCAGUAUUAAGGGGUCAUCUUAGAAAAGACUUUCUACUGGAGUUUUUCUUCCCAGUAAUACACACUGAUGUGGUAGCACUACACUACAUAGGAAACUUGUACUAGAUAUCUGAAGUAUGGCUUAACAUGCAUCUAAAGUGUAAUUACUCUGAUCCUGACUACCCAUCCUUUUGCGAGGCACAAAUUCAGGAUGGGUAUCCAGGCAAAGGGACUUCCUACUAAAAGCUUGGUAUUUUUCUGCUUGUUGUGCAGUGAAAGUAAAUGCCUCUUUUCCUUUUCUCUUUUUUCCUUCUUUUUUUAUUUUUUAUUUUUAUUUUUUAAAUAGCUUGCCUUUUUUUGGUGGACCAGUGGUUAGUAAUGCUUUGUAUCCCCUGAUCCAGAUGUGCUACCUGUGUUUUCAGGGUGUCCCAGGGCCCAAUGUAUAUCUUUAGGCUGGUCCUUGUAGGUCAUACAGACUGUACUACUUGUAACUUCAGGACCACUAAGCAAAUAUUGUAUUUUUUUUUUGUUAAGGAUGAGUGAGUGCGUGUGUGCGUGUGUGAGUGAGUGUAACUAAGUGUGCGGUUGAAUGUGUGAAUUUGACAACUAGUUACUUAGAAUUUAAGUAUUCCUCUACUAUGAACUUGCCAUUCUCAAACAGUAGUCUGCAUAUUCUCAUGUCUUUUGAGGAUGAUUGUUGAAAUCUAGGUGAGAAUGGGAAAAUAGACAGUGGACAUAUCUCGUUCUUUCAGUAUCUGUUAUGUCUUUCAGAUUUCGAAGCACUUGGUUUUAUCAGCACCAGUCCUCUGAAGAUUGUGUUCCCCCUUCUGUAAACCAUAUUUGCUGUUUGUUUGUUUAUUUUAUUUUAUCAGUGCAGCAGCACCAAUGCAUAAUUUGUCUGAAAGAAAUGUUGGCUGUUAUUGUGGAACAAUCAUACGCUACAGAAUGUAAUGUAAGUUAAUGGUGCUGUUAGCCACCUGUGUCAGCAUAUCCAGUGAGCAUUUUCUUUUAAUGAAGCGGGUAUAUUUUACAGUGGGACGACGGGGCGGGGGGGGGAUGAUGAACACGAUGGAGUGAAUUUUAAAGCUUUACAUGCUGUGCUCUGCAAAGACUUGCUGGUGAUGCACUGAUACAGAUGGCUGGAGCAGUUUUCUUGUAGAACUGUUUGAGCCACAUGACAGUGAAACUUUCUCUGCAAACAUCCCUGUUCUAAUAAAUUGCUUUAGAGGUGUUACAUGUAUUCUGCCAGUGGCUGUUGGGUUGUUUAAAAUCAGUACUGUGAUUUUAAAGGUGUAAACAAACGUGCUGUGGACUCUUAAUUGCUUGAAGCGUAAUGAAGCUGUGGUAAUUUCAGUACUACACUAUUCCAAGUGAAUGCCACAUAAUAUACUUGGGAGGGAUGUAAACAGCCCAGAAGGGUUUGAUAUACACUUAGUUGCCAGUUUAUUUGGUACAGCUAGCCAAAACCAAUGCAGUCGGAUACUACAGCAGCCCUGCAAUAAAUCCUACCUUUCAUGGAGGUUCUAAUGUUGAGAUUGUAGUUGAGAUACUUGUUUAAAUUGUACUGAGAAGUAAUCUCUCUUAAUAUUCAGCCUUAUUUAUAGAAAUUGAUUUGAUGGAGUUACUUAAGCUCAACAGCGGCACAAACAUGUCCUCUAAAAUGACCAUUAAGUCGAGCCAACACCUCCCUAAACAGUUUCACUAGAAACUGAACAUACACUUAAUGAAGGUAGGAUUUAUGUUGUUUCAUGUAUCGGGCUACUGCAUUCAACUCACUAGUUUUAGUUUGCUGUACUUAAUAAAGUGGCAACUUUCGAGUCCAACCAACACAGAUAGUUUAGUAAUUUGUGUAUAUUGUGCAGUGUGUGUAAAUGUAACCUAAUUUAAAUGUAACUAAAUUUUUGGCUUAAAA